UCAAUGCAGACGCACGCGUUGCGCGAACUUAAGUGAAGUGAAACUCCAAGUUGGACAACACACGAAGCUAUUUUACCGCCUAAAUUUGAAUUUAUUUGCCGCGUUUAUCAACUGACAAUUGUGCUGUGCUGUCUGCCAUUUCUGGCACACAUCGCUGUGUUUACGAAUUUCUGAUUUUUAAAUUCGCGCUUUGUGCGCAACUUUUUGGCGCGUGCGCAUGCGCAGCCAGUGAAAGUGCAAAUGCAUCGCAAAUCAGAGCUCUGAAUUGUGAGAGACUCUGCCAAUCGCAUAUUAACUAAGCAAGAUAUACUCCAUAACGGAUCUCAAGAUGUUUGUCACUGUGGAUAACACAAACACCUUUUUCUCAGACAACCCCUAUUAUUUUUGCAAUGACACCCAGUCGCCGCGCACCCCAGACUCUCAGUCCUCCAGCCGGGGAUUCUUGUUCUUCAAGCGCCGAAACUCAAAAGGCAGCAGUCCCCGGCCGAUGUUGGCGACCAAUCCGGAACAGAAGCGUCUGAUCACAUCCGCCAAUCUGGACUCAACGGCCACCAUGGCAUUCGGAAGUCCGCGCGGCAGUUUUAAUUCCCUCGGCGGCUUCUCGCAACACUCGUUUGAAAUGCAACCAAUGAACAUGUAUCGCCAGCGAUCUUCCAAUUCGCAAUCGGAGUUCCGGGAACGCCUGGGCUCCUGCAAUGAGACCCACAGCUCCCAGUGUCCCGGUGGAGGAGCUGGGGAUCACGACGAGGUCUUCAAUCCGCUGACAUCGCCAACAAGUAGCAAAUCCCAUCGACAUCACACCCUGCCAAGUGGCGGAGCUCGUCGCCAUUCCCUGGGAAACUGGGCCCAACAUCAACAGCAGCAGCAACAGCAGCAUCAACAAAACUCUGGAGCAAUGGGUCUUGGAUCUCCGGAUGAGGUGCCCAGCAUGAUGGCGCCCCGGCCACCACUCCUCUCGCCGAACAAAUUCCGAGGCAGUUCUCAUCGACGAAGAGACAACUGCGGCAACGUGAACAACGCAAGUGGAGCGAGUGCAUCCGGAUUCCUGGGUCCCUCCGGCUACAACAUGGACGACAUACUGAUCAUCACCGCCAAGCAUAGCGAGCGCGCCUAUCUGCGGGCCACUUUCCUGAAGAACCACUUCGACAAGAUCACCAAACAGCGCGGACGGAAACCAUUCAAUUUUCUGCACAUAAAAAUUGACGAUGGUCCCUUCAGCGAGGAGAUUGCCCAAAAGUACCAGAACACAGCGUUACAGAUUGUGAUCCUGUGUCCCGCCUUGUUGGCCCUCCCUCACAGUUUCCUGAUGACCCAACUGUCGGCCAUUAUUCGGGUGGAGAAGGUCCUGGCCAUCUUGCUGGAUGUGAGCGAGGAUAAGGUGAAGGAGAUGCACAAGUCGGCGCUCCCCAGUUACUACAAGUGGCGGCGAUGUGUGGUUCGCGAUAAUGACCAGGUCCAGAUCAGCAAUAUCCUUGGCAUUGCCACUGAUAUUCUAGGACGAGCCUUGUGCCAGCGACCUCCGUGCCAUGAUAACUCUGGUGGAGGAGGUGGUGGCCUCUCGCGUAGCUUCUCCAGCUGCACCGAGGGAUUCACAGUGCUGCCCAAGAAGGUUAAGCUGGGCCAAAACAAAGUUGUAGCCUUACUGGCUGAGCCGCUGGAGAAGAACGACACUUUGAAAUUGCUGGUAGAGAAAUCCGGAGAGCUGAUUGAGCUGCGUAACUUCAAGUGUCGCAAUCCCUAUACCCUCCAGUUCAAUAUACCGGAGGCUUGCAUGGAGAUCUCUACCAUGAUCGAGAUCCGCAUCGAGAAGAAUAACAAAAGUCUAGGUGCUAGGCCUAUUAAGUGUGAAAGCCGUCUGCGAGAGCUGGAGCAAUUGCUGCGGAUUGAGGACUCCCCAAUUGAGUUUAUGUGCCAUGCUCUGGGAAUUGGGCCUGUCGAACAUGAUGCCCUCGAUCAGCAUUUAUUGCAGUGCUUCCAGCGGAAUAUGCCACCCAAUUUCCACCUGCUGAGUGGUCCAAGCGAGCGUCAGCCCCACUUCUUCACUCGACUGGAGUCCAGUCCGGAGGAGUAUCCCACACUGCUGCACUUCGCAGCUAGGUGGGGUCUAAAUCGCCUCUGCAUCCAGCUGAUGGAAUGUCCCGGUGGCGACACUGCCUGCGGCGUAAGAAACUGCGCUGGACGUACGCCAGCCGAGUUGGCCGAACAGGAGGGUCACCACAAGCUGGCACAGAACAUUGUCAGUUUUGCAGAGUUCCAUGAACUAACCACAAUGUACCACUACUUCAAGGGCGUAACUCCACCGGGUGAUAGCAGCCCCAAACCCAAUGCCAAUGUGGUGAUUGAAGCUGUUCCCGGUAAGGGAAAGACCUGCAAGCCCCCGAAGCAACUGCCAGCAACGGAGUACAUGGAGAUGUCCAGCGGAUCAGAGCGGGAGAAUACACCCGAAGUGAGGCCCAAAACGGAGACCCUUGCUAUCUCGAAUCUCAACUACAUUAGUGUAGAAACUGAAGAUGAAAACCUGCAGGCUUCCGUUGCCGAAAAGAAGGUUGAAUCCGAAAAGAAACUUCCUGAGGCUGGUAGCCAACCCGGUCCGGAAAAGACCACGAAUGAGCUAAGGAUCAAUGAGCCACCUUAUUAUCAGUCCAAAGAACAGAACAAUCAACCAAAGGAUCUGAAGGAACAGAGCAAAUCCCUCGACGAAGUGGAUGCUUCACCACUCUACCAGACCGACAAAUUCAGCCAGGAGUGCUCACAGUUAUUGGAAAACCAGCUGGGCAACGACUAUGUUCUGCAGCCAUCCAAUGUGCCAGUGGUCCAAGAUGAUGGCAACUAUCUGUUCCAGCCAUCGAAUAGGCCUGUAGAGGAGCCCCUCCGAAUGAGUCGUUGCACAAAUAGGCAGCCUACCUAUGGAACCCUCAAGCGCAGUGCCAGCGAUGCCUCCGCCGCCAGUCACACACGAUCUAAUGCUGACGAUGAGCUGGCCGAGAUUAUGCACGACUUUAAAAACAAUGUGCUAUCUAUUCGGGAUGUGGAGCUGCUAGUGGAGCGAUGGAAGCAUCGAAAUGAUGUGCAACAGAGUUUCCGGGAGAAGCAGGAUCAGAUCGAUCAGCUGCGUCGAGAAUAUGAACGUAUCCAGGAGCAGGUGAAGACUCAUCUGAAGCGUGAAACUCCUUUCGAGCGGAUCAAGAAAUUCUUUUCGCGGUCAAAGACGCCUGGAGGAAACGGAAACGACAGUCUGCUGGAUGAGACAAAGUCCUCGAUAGCCACUAGCUGCAGCUUCAAGUCGACCGGAGGUGUUAGCUCUAGCGUAGGAGCAGGUCGUCCCAUCAGUUCAUUGAGCCUGCAGAGUGUCUCCAGCUCGAGUUCCUCGUCGGGAAGACUGAGCACUGGUAGCAACUGCAGUGGUGCCUCUCUGGGAGAUUCGGGAACCCACUCGGAUCACGAGGAGCGUCGCUUUCCGCACUGCCGGAUGAUGGACAACUACAUGAUUCCACCACCACCGAGACCCGUUUUCACACCAAGCUCAACGCCCGGCGAUGAGCGCCACCAAAUUGUAUUCCCCUCGCCCAUGUCCAGUUGCCAGCGUUUGAACACACCAACUAGUCCCACGGGAUCCGAGCACUACCAGAUGUUCCCCUCGAACAUCCCAGUGUACGGCAGUCAGCCGCUGGCCGGAUCCCAGAGUAGCAACUACCUGAACACCAUCAUGGAGGCCAAAGAGCAGGCGGAGACGCAACACUACCAAAACCAGAACGGAGUCACCCUGCAGCCGAUCAAACUGAACGAGCGAUCGAACAUCAUCUAUGGCAAGCUGACCAAGAGUAACUCCACCAGCGGAUGCAGCUCCUUCAAGCCCAAACAGAUUGCUGUUCCGUGUCCACAGGUGGGCAGCAUCGAGGUUCAAGCCGAGGUCUAUCAGAAUGUAGGUGACAUUGCCCCUGAAAAGGACUGCAAGGCGGAAGAAGAGGCGCCAAAUUACAUGAACUGCUAGGCCAUCCAAACGAUACCUAUCGAAAGAUUCGAAUGAAAGAUUUACGUGGGAAUUGGAAUCCUUGAUAUUUGCAUAGUUUGUAAGCUCAUCCAUUUGCAUACAAAAUGAAAAGGAUGAAAUGAGUAUGAACUAGUUAUCGGUAUUCUAAUUUUAUUUCUAAGAUAUUCGAAAGUGAUUCUUAAGCCUUUGAGAUUUUAAAAACACAAAUUUGAAACUCUCAUGAAAAGUAAUGUUGUUUAAAGUUUUUCGGGACUUAAGAUCAGAUCGGAUUAUUUGUAUUAUCUCUGUAGUUUUCGGUUUCAGCAACUAAUUGUACAUUUGAAAAACGAUUGCAAGCAACCAAAUCAACAUAUCGCUAGCUUUUAAGUUUAGAUCGUAAGUCGAUACCAACGAACCAAGCAGCUGACAUAUCAACGCGAUUCAUCCAACUCUAGGAUUAACCCAUUUAGAGCUAAGAAUCCCACCUUUUGGCAUGCCGUUAAGCAUGAAAAACUCGUUCAUUCUACUCCCUUCACCCCCCAACGCAAAGUUAAACGCAAUAAAUUUUUUAUAUAUAAAGCAGA